AUGGACGUGAUGCAGGGUGCAGCAUAUCGCGCCUUUCCCGGUUCAUCUGCUUUCUCCGACUUCCGCCUAAAGAGGCUCGCAUCUGAGAUCGGAGCCAAGGAUCUCCAGGCGAUCUGGGUUCACUACAUCUUCUCCUACGAUGAACUUGCACCGGCAGAGAUCCAAGUUUUGGACCAAUUACUUGACUAUGGGAGCUAUCCGGAGGGUACGAAUGACCUGUACGGGAAGCUCUUCAAAGUCGUCACGAAUAAUGGCACCAAAGGAGAAGAUGAUGAGAAUGUGCGCUUCUUUUGGGUGUGUCCGCGAGCAGGCACAAUCUCGCCAUGGAGCUCGAAAGCGACCAGCAUUGCUCAUGUCUGUGGGCUGGGAAAGACGGUGAAGAGAAUUGAGCGCGGUGUGGUCUUCUGUGCCAGGUUCGAGGCUGGUGCAGUGAAGGACGUCACUCUCGAUUCUCUGCAUGAUCGUAUGACGGAGUCGAUUUCUUCUCAGCCACCGGACUUGGAUGCGAUGUUUGCGCAGCUCCCGCCCGCACCGCUGCAGAGGGUGAAGAUGGUGGGGACAGAGAAUCCCAGGCAAGCGCUUGCGGAAUUCAACAGAACUUUGGGACUUGCACUGGAUGAGUCGGAGAUGGAUUAUCUCAUCGAUGCGUACACGAAUCAAUUGAAGAGGGAUCCGACAGAUGUGGAACUUUUCAUGUUUGCGCAAGUGAACUCGGAACAUUGCCGUCACAAGCAGUUCAAUGCGGAUUGGACGAUUGAUGGUAUCAACAAGCCGCGCAGCCUGUUCUCCAUGAUUCGCAAUACGCACAAGCUGCACCCAGAGCAUGUCAUUUCGGCUUACAGCGACAACGCAGCUGUUCUGCAGGGCUAUACUGGAACGCACUGGGCGCCCGAGCAGAGUAGUGGGGCUUGGACACAGACCAAGGAGACAGUACAUUACUUGGCGAAGGUGGAGACACAUAACCACCCUACUGCGGUGUCUCCCUUUGCUGGCGCUAUAACAGGAUCUGGAGGCGAGAUUCGGGACGAAGGAGCGGUUGGACGUGGGUCGAAGCCAAAAGCUGGUCUUGCUGGAUUCACUGUAUCAGAUCUGCUUAUCCCAGGACACCGGCAGCCGUGGGAGCUGGACAUUGGCAGGCCUUCACAUUUCGCAAGCAGUCUCGAUAUCAUGAUGGAAGGACCAAUUGGAAGUGCUGCGUUCAACAACGAGUUCGGAAGGCCUUGCACCACCGGCUACUUCAGAACCUUCUCCAUGGAGGUGCCUGUUGACGAGGCCAAGACAGAGGUCAGGGGUUACCACAAACCGAUCAUGAUCGCUGGCGGCGUUGGAACUGUUCGUCCAGAGCAUGCGCUCAAGAAGAAGAGCCUCGUCAGUGGAGGAGCCCUACUCAUGGUUCUUGGUGGUCCGGCCAUGCUGAUUGGACUUGGAGGCGGCGCUGCAUCAAGUGUGCAGUCUGGCGACAGUAAUGUAGAGCUGGAUUUUGCUAGUGUGCAACGAGGAAAUGCAGAAGUGCAGAGGCGAGUACAGGAAGUCAUCAAUACCUGCGCUGCUCUUGGAGCGCAGAGUCCGAUUCAGAUGAUUCACGACGUUGGAGCUGGCGGUUUGUCCAAUGCGCUACCGGAAUUGGUCGAAGAUGCUGGCUAUGGCGCCAAAUUCGAACUCCGAGAAGUCGACAACGCAGAUCCAAGCCUGAGUCCGCUCCAAAUCUGGUGCUGCGAAGCGCAGGAGCGGUAUGUUGUGGCAGUCGACCCGGAGAAGCGCGACGCUUUCCUCAAGAUCUGCAAGCGUGAGCGAUGUGGUUAUUCGGUCGUUGGCAAAGCCCAGCAAGAGAAAAGACUCGUGCUCAUGGAUCGCAACUCGAAGGAUGAGCCAACGCCGAUUGAUCUGCCCAUGCCAAUUCUCUUUGGUAAGCCGCCGAAGAUGCACAGAACUGUGGAUUCGCGGAAGCUCAAGCUACCUGCGUUCGACAGCAGUCUAGCAACGUACUUGCCCAAAGAGCCUGCAACCUCUACCGCAGUACUCAGCAACGCAGUCGAGCGAGUCCUCGCAUUGCCAUCCGUGGGCUCAAAAUCUUUCCUCAUCACGAUUGGCGAUCGGACUGUAGGCGGACUUACCGUCAGGGACCAGAUGGUUGGCCCAUGGCAGACUCCGGUUGCAGAUGUCUCCGUUACCGCGACCUCACUGACCGCAGGAAUUGCGACUGGUGAGGCAAUGGCGAUGGGCGAGAGACCUUCACUUGCACUUAUUUCGCCAGGUGCAUCCGCGCGCAUGGCUGUGGCUGAGUCACUGCUGAACAUUGCUGCAGCCAGCAUUCCAAACAGACUGAGCAAGAUCAGAUUGUCGGCCAAUUGGAUGGCAGCUAGCAGCCAUCCAGGUGAGGGCGCUGCACUUUACGAAGCCGUUGAGGCUAUCGGGAUGCAGCUUUGCCCUGAACUUGGUAUAAGCAUUCCCGUCGGAAAGGACUCGAUGUCGAUGAAGGCACGAUGGCAAGACAAGGAAGUCACUGCUCCACUAUCUCUUGUAAUCUCCGCCUUUGCGCCUGUCAAUGCCCUGAGCAGUACCUGGACACCAGCGUUGAGACGGCAUGAGGAUGUUGGCGAGACCUUGCUUAUGUACAUUGAUCUUGCCAGUGGUAAGAAAGCUCUCGGUGGCUCUGCUCUAGCCCAGGUCUUCGGUCAGAUUGGUAACACCUCACCCGAUGUUCACGAUGUGGAUCACAUCAAGGACUUCUAUCAUGCAGUGGAGCAGCUGCAUGAGUCGGACGUCGUGUUGGCAUAUCAUGAUCGUUCGGAUGGCGGUCUUUUCACCACGCUCGUGGAGAUGAUGUUCGCCGGACGUUGUGGCAUGGACUUGAUGUUGGACCGCAUUGUCAGAUCCGGCCGACCACAAGAUGUCGUGGAGACACUCUUCAACGAGGAGCUCGGCGCCGUCUUCCAGAUCCGCAAGAAACAUGAAAAUGUAUUCCGCGGUGUCUUUGCACCGAUGUCGCCUAUCACGAUCGGUGCUGUACCGAAGGCCUCGAAGCAAGAGCUUUCGAUCUACUACGGCGCGGACUGCAUCUACCGCGCCGCGAGGACAGAGCUGCAACAAAAGUGGCAUCACACGUCGUGGGCCAUGCAGAAGCUGCGAGACAAUCCGGACUGUGCGGAUGCAGAGAAGGCAAACAUUAACGACGACAAGGACCCAGGCCUGCAGUACAAGCUGACAUUCAACCCUCAAGAAAACAUAUUACCAUGGGGUGCAACAAUCACACAGACGAUACGCGCGAAGCCGCACGUCGCUAUUCUUCGCGAGCAGGGUGUGAACGGCCAGGCAGAAAUGGCCUUUGCUUUCGCUGCAGCUGGCUUCACACCGAUCGAUGUGCACAUGACCGAUAUCCUCUCCGAGCGCUUCUCUUUGGCCUCAUGCGUCGGUCUCGCUGCCUGUGGAGGCUUCAGCUACGGCGAUGUCUUGGGCGCAGGUCAAGGCUGGGCGAAGAGUGUGCUCCUCCAUGAGAACACCCGACGCGAGUUCCAGAACUUCUUCGAGCGCAAGGACACUUUCGCCCUUGGAGUGUGUAAUGGCUGCCAAUUCCUCUCAAGACUCACAGAGAUUAUCCCUGGUGCAGAGAGCUGGCCUACCUUCGAGCGCAACCUCAGUGAACAAUACGAAGCUCGCGUUUGCAUGGUGCAAGUCAGCAACCCAACUACGCAGCCACCCUCAGUCUUCCUCCACGGCAUGGACGGAAGCUAUCUGCCCAUUGUCACGGCUCACGGUGAAGGCCGCGCCAAUCUCUCAGCGACUGGGGCUUCCUCCGCGCAAGCACUCGUCGAUCAAGGUCUCGUCUCCAUGCGCUAUGUCGAUAACUACCUCGAGCCGACAGAACGCUUUCCCUUCAACCCGAACGGUAGCCCCCUCGGCAUUACUGGUGUGCGGACUCCCGAUGGCAGAGUCUUGGCCUUGAUGCCACACCCUGAACGUACGAUUCUGAAGGAUGUAGCGAGCUACCUGCCCCCUGAGCAGGCGAAGGAAUGGGGUGAGCUUGGGCCUUGGAGUCGGAUGUUCAAGAGUGCGAGGAGAUGGGUUGGCUGA